AUGCCCAAAUACGCAAAGUUCAUCAAAUACAUCCUGACAAACAAGAGGAAAUGUACGGAUGAUGGCAUGAUCUCGUUAACAGAAAACUAUAGCUCCAUAAUUUCUAAGAAAAUCCCAACUAAAUUGAAAGAUCUGAGAAGUUUUACCAUUCUGUGUGUAGUUAAUGAUAUGGAAUUCUCCAAAUGCUUGUGUGAAUUAGGAGCUAGCAUUAACUUGAUGCCAUUAUCUAUAUUCCAAAAGCUUUGCUUGAGUGAGGUGAAGGAAACCUCAAUGCUACUCCAAUUGGCAGAUCAAUCCAUCAAACGACAGUACAAUAUCAUCGAGGUAAUAGGCGAGGACCAAGUUAAGUUUAACAUAACCAGCCUAAUAAAAAAACCUUUGGAGGAGGAGACAUGUAUGAGGGUUGAUUUCACUGAUGAGUGUAUGAUCGAAGAAAAGGAUGAGGAAUCCAUAAUCUAG